AUGGCGAAUGGGAUUGAGCCGAAACCUGUCGAGCACGUUAGACCACCGAGAGUACCGAGUUACCAGGAACAGAGCAGGAUGCGAAAUUUUCAUGCUGCUGCAAUAGGGAAGGAGCCAAAUAGUACGAAGCCUCCAUGUUCUCUCUACCAGAGUUUCGAUCACGGGGUGUGGUUUUGUAAGGAGUUUAUGACCGAGGUGUGGAUGACUGCUGGAAGAUCGCUAAAGAAAAAAAGUUGUGUUUUUAUUGCUUAACCUCUGAUCAUAGGGGGAAAGAUUGUCCAUAGGCUCGCAUGUAUGGAAUAGAUGGUAGUUCUCGAAAUCACCACCGCCUUCUUCGUGGAAGUUAAGUUUCAUCAGAAACCGGACCGAUAACAAUCUUACCUCAUGCUGACGAUGGGAAACGCCCAGAUGUUCCACGGGAGGGAGCGCUCACUGUGACCCUGACCAGCUGUAAUACAGAAACGCCAACUUAG